AUGGGUUUCUGUCUCAGUGUAUCUAAUGUCUCCUUCCUCCUCCCACCUUUUCUGUCCUGCUUGGCAUCACCCCACAUCCCUGGACCCCACCCCUUGUGUUGUAUUUUACAGAGCACCAGUCUCCCCUGCCAAGAUCAGCACUUUGCAGGGGGCCAGGACUAUAAUUGCCCCCAUUCCACCUCAACGUCAGCAUCCAGUGUUGACGUUUCCAGGGAAACUUGGGUCUCCUUUUGGGCUGCUGGUCUCCUGGACAACAGAGGGCAGCAACAAGAGCCCAGGGCACAGGAACAAUGCAACGAUUUUGAUUUCUUGGUUCACGAGGAUUAUGCUGGGGCAGGAAAUCAGCUGUCUUCACAACUCUAUAGAAACAAGCAGCUCCAAGACACCCUGCUGCAGAAGGAGGAAGAACUCGCUAGGCUGCAUGAAGAGAACAACAACCUCAGACAAUACCUGAACUCAGCCUUGGUGAAAUGUCUUGAGCAGAGAGCCAAGAAAUUGCUGAUACAAAAUGGACCCACCCAAAUCUAUGGUUGUACAGAAAAUGGGAAGAGGAAACCAAGGGAGGGAAGGUACCCUGCCAUGGAUACCCCUCAUCCCAAGAAUGCCAAGAGAAACCUGUUUAGUGAGUUUGCUGCCUGUCAGGGGCGCCCAAGUCCUCCUGUGGACUCCUGGGUCCUGAAGACCCUCGGAUUGAAAGACCUUGACACCAUUGAUGAUAGUGUGCCAGCUAACUACAGUGCCGUGCUCUCUCAGCCUGAAAGGAACACAUUCCCACAGUUUUCUGGUGAGGAGGCCAGCUAUGAACAUGGCAUUGUGGGGCUGCCCACUUCUUAUGAGAGUGCGCAGGUGGCACCCUUGCACAACACAGGCAGCCAGCAGGAGGACGACUUGGUCUUUUUCUCUGGAGUGUACAACCAACCAGGUGCUUUACAAACCAUGUCUAACCUGGCCCCCAACCCUUUCCCCCCUUUCACCUCGCCUGGCUAUACCCCUGAUGUCUCACCCAACAAGACAGAUGUGGCCUUUUCCACAUCCCUGACACCCCACUGCCAUGUGAAAACCCAUUCCUUCCAUCAGGGACAAGCCUUUGUACGGCGAGAUGAAGGAGGCUGGAAGUUUACCUGGGUUCCUAAACAGUCUUAGGAAACCCUCACCCCCACCCCAACUAGUGAACACUGCCACAAAUCUGCUGUGUGUUUACAAGA